UCCGCAGCGUCUCACCUGUCUUGUCUUCCAGGAGAGCGGCGAUGGCGCCCCUGCGGGGCUAGGGCGAUGAUGGGAAGCGCCACCGCCCGCUACUUCUGCUACGGAUGCCUCUUCACCUCCGCCGCCUGGACGCUUCUGCUGUUCGUGUAUUUCAACUUCAGUGAAGUGACUCAGCCUCUUAAGAAUGUGCCCGUCCAGGGGUCCGGGCCCCACGGGCCGUUCCCCAAAAAAUUCCAUCCUCGCUUCACUCGGGGUCCCGGUCGAGUGUUAGAGUCACAGUUCAAAGCAAACAGAAUCGACAGCGAGGUCAGUCCCGAGGACGCGGCCAGAGGCGACGCGCAGGUCUCGGAGCUGGAUGACUUGAAAGGAGAGCUGGACGAGUAUGUCCAGAAAUACCUCCCGGGGAAAGUUAAAGUGAUACGAAACGCGAAGCGCGAGGGGCUGAUCCGAGGCCGGAUGAUUGGAGCCGCCCACGCCACAGGGGACGUGCUGGUGUUCCUGGACAGCCACUGCGAGGUGAACGCCAUGUGGCUGCAGCCCCUGCUGGCCGCCAUCCGGGAGGACCGGCACACCGUCGUGUGCCCCGUCAUCGACAUCAUCAGCGCCGACACCCUGGCCUACAGCUCGUCCCCCGUGGUGCGCGGCGGCUUCAACUGGGGGCUGCACUUCAAGUGGGACCUCGUGCCCCUCUCCGAGCUUGGGGGGCCAGAAGGAGCUACCGCGCCCAUCAAGUAAGCGCCCCCCCCCAGGUCCGGAGCAGGUCCCAGGGGACGGCCGCGCCGGAGUAUUCCAAGCGCGAGUCCUCCUUGGGAAGGAGCAGUGACGUGGGCCUAGCUC